CCUAGGCCUACAUCAGUCACAAUUUUCACCAAUUGAAGAUGUAGAUGACCCUGAUCCAUUACAGGAAAUGGAAGAAAAUCUGUCCUCAUCGACAACAUCACCCAGGGGUGCUAGGCCUAGUUAUCCUAAACGGAUAAAACUAAAAAGGUCGAAGCAAAUCACCUUACCAACUAUGGCUGACAGGAUGCAAAAAUUCAAAACAACCGACAGCAGAGCGUUACACAUAAAUAAAUUGGUUGCAGAAAUGAUUUGUUUAGACAUUCAACCUUUAUCUGUGGUGGAAAAUAAAGGUUUUCGACGUCUUUUAAAUUACUUGGAACCUAGAUAUACAAUUCCUACGAGGAAAACGUUUACUAAUAAAAUACUUGUUGAAAUGUACGAAGAAACAAUGAAGAAAGUGCAGGCCGAGAUGAUGGAGGUAGAAAGUGUGGCUAUUACUACCGACAUGUGGACAAAUGUCGCUCAAGUAGAUUUUAUGGCCAUUACUGCCCAUUUUUUUUCUAACAACGCCAGAUUUCAUAGGUGUUUAGAGGUUGUGCCUUUUCCAGAAGUAAGCCAUACUGGAACCAAUUUACUGACCUUUUUAAUAAAGGUUUUGGAUCAAUGGAGUAUCAAGCAAAAGGUAGUUGCUGUGGUUAGGGACAAUGGUCCCGAUAUUACGUGUGCACUGAAUUUGUCCGAGUUCACAGCAAUCCCCUGUGUGGCACACACACUUCAAUUAGUGAUCAAAGAUGGUUUCUUUAACAAUGCCAGGAUUUCUAAUGUUGUGACCAAAUGCAAGAAAAUUGUUGGUAGCUUUAAGCAUUCUGCGAAAAACACUAAGUUACUGAAAAGUUACCAGGCUCAGUUAGGUGUCCCAAGUCACAAACUCAUUCAAGACGAACCAACUAGAUGGAAUAGCACUUUUUACAUGCUAAAACGCUUGCAUGAACAGAAGCAAGCUCUAAUUCUUGUUGGGAGCAAUCCUGAGACUAAGCUGUCCACUGAAAUUACCAAUGAAGAUUGGAAAACUAUUGAGUAUGCAGUCGACAUCUUGGAAAUUUUUGAGAAUGCAACCUUGCAGCUUAGUAAGGAAACAUCGACAAUUUCUGAGAUUAUACCAAUGAUACACACAAUUCAACAUGUAUUGGAAACUCGUGCACCUCAGGGAUCAGGACUACAAGGUCUGAAAAAUGACUUAUUAGCUUCAUUGAAGAGAAGAUUUAUGGACAUGGAGGAAAAUCGAACUUAUGCAUGUGCGACACUACUUGAUCCCAGGUUCAAGUCAACACCGUUCAAAAAGAAAGAUAAUUUUGAAAUGGCAAAGAUUCAUGUCCUGGAGGAAAUGAAGACAUUUUCAACUCCGACGUCGGAAGCAGCACCACCACCGGCUCCACAAGAAGAUACCCAACUGAAAAGGAAAGGUUUUUGGGCACAGUACAUGGAAGCGUUUGGCCAGGAAGAACAUACUGGUGAUGGAGAUCAGGAAAAGUCCUUGGAAUCAGAAGUCAACGCUUAUUUGAAUGAAAAAACUUUUGACCCUAAACAGGGCCAAAAAAUCGCCGAGUAUUGGUCAGUAAGCUCCCACAAACAUCUGCGUAAGUUGGCGUACAAAUAUUUGUGCAUGCCACCUUGCACAACUUUCAGUGAAAGGCUUUUUAGUGUUGCGGGAAACAUUUCGGACACAAAACGAAACAGGUUAGAUCCUGACAGAGUAAAAAUGUUGGUAUUUUUGAACCGAAACCUAGAAUAAAUCAUUCUUGUUAUGGACGGUUUGAAAAAAAAUAGGCCUAACAUGGUUAUGCAUUUUAUUUGAUUACAAAUCAAAUCUGUGCUAUGAUUACAAAUAUCACUCCUCAUUUCAUAUUUAUGUUGUUUACAAUUUUUGUAUUAAUAUUUUGCUGUUUGUAAUAAUUAUUAAUUAUUAUGCUUAAGGGUUUACCGUGUUUACAUCUUUCAAAUAUAACUGUUACUUUUCACUUUUCAGCCAAUAUUUAAAACUGUAACAUUGAUUGGUCAGCGUUAAUUGUUGUUCUUUUUAAUUCUGCUUAAUUGGUUAUUGAUUUGUAAAAUUACCGUUUUGCAAUAAUUAACUUACGCUGCAAUUACCAAUUCUUAAUGUUAAUUGUUGCCGCCAAUAUGUACUUUUCAAUUAAGGAAUUAAGUCUUCAAAUAAUUACUGUUUACUUGUGUUUAGGUUUGAACAUUGAAUCCUUACGUGGUGUUUAAAUAAAAUAUUUCUGUCAAUAAAAUCUGAUUAUUCAUUUCCUUGACUUUCAAUAUUUUUAGGUACUGCCACUUACAACUGUUUUGUUUCGAUCAAUGAAUUUAUAGCAUAAGUACUCGGGACCGAGAACCGAGAACCGAUCCAGUGUAAGA